AGCGUCAGUCUUGAACUUCGUCGAUCAUUCCAGACGAGAGGUGCUACAUCGCAAGAGGCUUCGACACGCGGGAGAUGUCAGUGUCCCUCUGAUACCAAAAUUGAACGCCGGCACAUAUGAGGAGAAGACUUCUGCCUUCCUGUUCGCCAUCACCGACGCCCAAGGUUGAGAGAAGGCAAAUGACGGCAUAGGUGAAUGGGACGAUCCUCUGAAAUGGCUCAAUCAAACAGCACCGUUGUGGGUUCAGUUUGAUCCUCGCCUUCCCAAUAGCGUGCAGACGCUCGAUCAAGAGUGGCAGAUGCCAUUUUAUGUAACAGGUACAGAUAAUGUUCAAUUCUACUCAGAGCAGCUUGAUGUCAGAGUUACUCGCAUACAAAAUCGUGUGCAAUCGGCAGUCGAGAUGCGAAUGAUAUAUCCGAAAAGUUGGCUACAUGGGUGGGAUGAGAAAGACGACGGGAUGGAGUUUGGUGGCGAGCUUGACGAUGCGAUGACCAUGUCUGAAUUCUUCGAACUCAUGUCAACGCCGAAAAUGGAUGAAGUAGAGAUGAAACUGAACGUUCGUGGGAUUCUUAUCGAACACGUUAUUGAUCGAAUCAGACUCUUCGACCAUAGGCCAGAUUUGCCGCCCGACUUGAGAUAUGUUAUAUAUGUACCAUUCGCGCACAGCGAUGAGCAGAUACUGGGUAGCGCCGCGCGAACAUUCACAGCCUCCAUCCUCGAUCGUAUUCAAGUUGGCACAACGAUCGAUUUUCACUUUCAUCGACCUUCAAUACCGACAGACUCAUCAGCGCUGUCUCAUUUCGCAUCACUCAACCUACCUCCAAACUUCGUCGGUACCUUCACCAGGCUUCAAGCCGAUAGGAAAUUUGAUGACCCAUUCGACUAUAUCCGACCGCCAGAACCACAUCCUCGACGCCUCCAUCCACUUUCACUCGAGCCGAACAUUGUCUGGAACGAUCCUGCGACAUUUCGGUGCGAGCCCUACAAGACGUUCGUGGUUGUCCUCGAUCGGCCAGAUUUCCAUACUUCAGCCUCUGUGAGAUUCUUGUUAGCCGAUGGAGGACCUUGGCGUGGCGACAAGGUAAUAGCGGCACAGGAUUACUCUGAGAUGGAAGUUUGGCGGGCGCCAGAUAUCGAGGCUGUCGUGAGGCGGUUGACUUUCACGCAGCUGUACUGAUGAUAAUAUAUGAUUCACGAUGAUGGUUUUGGU